GGUGUAAUUAGGGAAACCAGCUUACUUAACCUCCUCUUACUUCACCUUGUAAUUAGCGUCCCGGGGCAACGCUGGUGUACUUCAUCCUUACAAAAACAAUGUUUAUUAAGAACAGUCCGAGGACAUACACAUUAUGAAUAAUUCCUUUCAUUAAUUUGCCGACAUCUCCGUUUGGAGCCCUGGAAAUCAGAGUGAUUAAUUUAUGACUCUCACAAGAAUUUCCUCCAACGCCUGCCUGUUGAUUGCAGCGCUGCAGUUUAUUUAUUAGCUGCUCCAAUGCAAUUCAACACACCCUGACAAUUAGUCCCAUGUUUUGCAUAUCGCCUUACACUUGUCAGCUUGUCUUCACGCUCCACCGCAAAUAGCCUUUUGACGAUAUAGCCUUUAUAGUGAAGCACGAUUUUGAGGUAAUUUUGACUCAAUUUCUUCCCGUUUCCCACUGUUUGAUAGGCUUGAAAAAAAAAUACAGUGUCAGGUUCGUAGCCAAUUAGAGCGAGGAUGUGGCUCUACCACAUUUCAGCGUUCGAGGAAAAAGGGAGUUGUGCCUCUGGCGUCGAAAACGAGCCUCUGCUGCCCUCAGAAAUAAGUUGGGAGAGGGGGAAAGGAGCGGACUUCUCCUUCAGGAGGGAGUGAUUAAUUAGGUCGGAGGGAAAUACUCGUCCGCCGCUUUGUGUAUCCAAUAAAUUAAGGGCUCCUGAGACUUCUACGCACACAGGUGAAGUGUUUGGAUGCGCGCACAGGAGGGAGCGUUGCGCGCCUUCUCUGCAGACGCGCCACUUUAUUUAAGGAUAAGCUGGACGUCGACUGGGACUGUUCCGCGUUGAAGAGCCAAUUCUCUGCCCCAUCGAAGCCCUCUUUGGAUCGCCUUCAUGUCGUUUCUCCAGACGUUGAGAAACACCAGAGGUAAACUCUAUAUUACAGAGAUCCCACCAGUUUGUGCAGGGCUAAACCCGCUGCAGGGACUCUGACAUGUCACCGAGCCAUCAGCACCAAUUCUGUUGUAUUUGCUGGAACUGUGGAUAAAUAUCUGUUGUCAUACGGAUUGUCAAAGUUUUGUAAGGAGAUUAACUGUAGAGGAGUUGUCUGUUUGGAUCAGCCUGCAAUUUGACAACAAACAUCUCAAAAAAGACAACUUAAGUUAUGGUUUAAUAAAUACACAAAUACAAUAACUUACAUAUACAAUUGUAGAUUACAGUAGGCUAUAAGUUAAAGGGUUAAGUUUAAUAGAACAGAAGGUUAAUGACUGAAAAUAUCAUAAAUAAAAAAUGUGUUAUAUCUAAAUUACUCUUUGUCAGUUUUCACUUAAAUUCAUAUAAAUCGUGCCAUGCAGGUUAAACUAUUAAAACUAACUUCUGAUAUCGAACUUUCAGGUCUUUAAUCGCACUCUGAUGGUGGGAAGACAGACGCUCCGAAUGGACAGCGGCACUUGCUCCGGGACGGUGGCGGACGACCCCGCGUCGAGUCCCAGCUCAAGCCCCAGUCCGGACGGUGGUCGCCGGGAGCUCCAGCGGGCCAGGGUGCUCCAGGGCGGCUGCAGCGGCGGCGGCGGCCUCGGCGGCCGGCGGCAGGGGCGGCCGGCGGCGGCGAACGCGGCUCGGGAGAGGAGCCGAGUGCAGACGCUGAGGAACGCGUUCCUGGAGCUGCAGAGGACUUUGCCGUCGGUGCCGCCGGACACCAAGCUGUCCAAACUCGACGUGUUGAUACUGGCCACCACAUAUAUUGCCCAUUUGACUCGGACACUGCAGGAGGAAGGUGCGGAGGAGGGAGAGAGCACAAAACAAACAGAGGCGUUACACUCAUUGAAGGGUGAUGGCUACCUGCACCCAGUGAAGAAAUGGCCGAUGCGCUCCAGACUGUACGUCGGUGCCUCCGGACAGUUCCUGAACAACACACGCUCCUCAGAGUCAGAGAAUCAAGGUCCAUCAUCGUCCACCUCCAAGAAAUAAAUCACUUGCGUGGAGCAGUUUCCCAUUUGCAUGAGUUGAUGCUGUUUCGGGCCUCAUCAUGUGUCCACUGACUGUAGAACAAUUAUCCUUCACCUGAAUUCACUCCCCCCCACACAAGCCCUACCAGUAGGAAGACGUUGUAAAUUAAUAUAUUACUUGUGAAUUUUUAUUGUAUUUUUUUUUUUUUUCAAAAGAAGGCAUUUUACAUUUUGUUGUUGUUAUUUUGGCUGAUCCCUGUUUGGCCCUGCAUCGUGCAGUUCCAUACAUGUCGCGAUCAUCUGCAGAAAUUCCGCGGGGUAACGAGUCCGUCAUGCUUGAG